ACAUGUACCAUUACAGAUAAAAACAACAGAUAGAAAUGGGUUUUGGUGAUCGUGGUGGAGGAUUUAGAGGCCGAGGUGGAGGCGACCGGGGCGGAGGUAGAGGUGGAGGUAGAGGUGGUGGGUUUAGAGGAAGAGGCGGAGACAGAGGAGGUUUCAGGGGUGGCCGUGGAGGUGGAGGUGGUUUUAAUAGAGGGUAUGAUCAAGGACCACCAGAAUCUGUAGUUGAAUUAGGCGCAAUGACACACACCUGUGAAGAUGAUCUAGUUUGUAAAUGCACAAAUGAGAAAGUACCAUAUUUCAAUGCACCAAUUUUCCUUGAAAACAAACAGCAAGUUGGGAAAGUUGAUGAAAUAUUUGGACCAGUCAGAGAUUUUUACUUUUCAAUAAAAUUGUCGGAGAACAUGAAAGCAGGAUCAUUUUCAAAAGACCAAAAGUUUUACAUAGACCCAUACAAGUUGUUACCCCUACAGAGGUUUCUUGAACAACCAAAAAGAGGUGGACGUGGAGGUGGUAGGGGUGGUGGUCGAGGUGGAGGCAGGGGUGGAGGAGGACGUGGAGGUCGUGGCGGAGGUAGAGGAGGUGGAUUCCGUGGUGGACGAGGUGGUGGUGGUGGAGGAUUCCGGGGAGGCCGAGGUGGAUUUGGUGGCAGAGGGGGUGGGGGAGGAGGGAGAGGAGGAGGGUUUAAAAGAUUCUGAAGUGAAAAAUUUAAUAUUUGUAUUAUUUUUUAGCCUCUUUGACCAAUGUAAGCUAUUAAAACAGGCUGUUUAGAGGCAAUUGUGGGAAGUUGUGACAUGUGUUCAUACCAGGAGAUGCUAGAGACUAGAGGUAAAGGACAUGCAGUAUGUCCUUGACAGUUCUUAUUAGUCAAGAUUAUCUUACAUGAAAUGCAAGAAAGAUAAAUGAUUUCCAUUCUUUGCCUCAGAGCUCAGGUACCCCCUGGAACAGUCGGCUCACUUACUGAAUGAAAAUGCGAUACUCAAAAUUUAGUUUGGAAUAAAUGACUGUUUGUAUUUUUGGUUUGAAUUUGAAAUGAUUUUUAAACACCACUUAUGUACAUUAUGACCUUACUAUGACGACACUGCUAGAGCAAACACUUUCAUACAAAGGCAGCAUGUUUCUUUCUCAUCAAAAUUAUUUAUAGUAAAUUAACUUCAACAUAGUACAUCCUCUGAACAACAAAUAUUAUUAUUUAUGGAAAACCUGGUAAAGUGCAUGUAUUUCACAUAGUGUAUGUAAGCAGCUAUAGCCGAUUUAGAACUGUGACCUCUGAAGGGUUUCACCUUCAAGGUCAGUGAAAUUUACCAAGACUUUAGAUACAUUAUUGUAAGGUGUGUAGUACCUGUGACCUUGGUCUGUCAGGUCAAGGUCACAAUUUGAUGUCUGCAUUUCAUAUCAUUAUAGAACAUGGAGCAUUUUCAAGUGUCAUAAUUGUGGCUUAGAAUUCACACCUAAACUAUUCUGGCAUAUUUUACAUAUACAGCUGUAGCAUUCUUGGGCAGGCAUGAUUCGGGGGCAUUUGUCACUUAUAAUGACGGCUCUUGUUCUCGAGAAAGAUGAUAAUAUUGCCAUUUAAUAAAUUUACUCACAGGUUGCCAUUCAUUCAUAAAAUUACUUUCAUUUCCAUAUGCCGAGUCAGAACUACCUUAAGCUGUGAAACUCGAGUGAGUGAUCUUUGGUCAUCAUGGCCCUCUUGUUACAUUUGCAUUGUGGUUAGCAUUUAAAGAAGUUUUUUUCUUCCGACUUUUGAUUUUAAUACUUGUUACAUGUGUGUUUAGGUAUGAAAAUUGUAGUCACACUCAUUUCUUUGGUGGAGGUAUCUACUUUUUUAUGCCCCCCUGUGAAGGAGGUAGGGUAUAUUGUUUUGCAGAUGUCGGUCGGUUGGUAUGUCGGUCGGUCUGUAGACCAGUUGGUUUCCAGAUGAUAACUCAAGAAUGCUUGGACCUAGGAUCAUGAAAGUUGAUGUGUAGGUCGGUCAUGACCAGCAGAUGACUCCUAUUGAUUUUGAGGUUAGUUGCUCAAAGGUCAAGGUCACAGUGACCCGGAAUAGUUACACGGAUUCCGAAUGAUAACUGAAGAACGCUUUUGCCUAGAUGGUGAAAGUUGAAAGGAAGGUUGGCCAUUAACAGCAGAUGACAGUAGGUGAUACAUCAAGGUCACAGUGACUCGGAACAGUUAAAUAGUUGCCAGGUGAUAACUAGAUAAUCACUUUGGUCAAGGAUCAUGAAAGUUGAUAGGGAGGAUGGUUAGGACCAGCAGAUGACCCCUAUUGAUUUUGAGGUCAAAGGUCAAGGACACAAUGACCCGGAACAGUUAAACAGUUUCCGGACUAUUACUUAAGAAUGCUUAAGCCUAGAAUCAUGAAACUUAAUAGAGAUGUUGAUCAUGACUAGUAGAUGACCCCUAUUGAUUUUGAGGCCAAAGGUCAAGGUCACAGCAACCCGGAACAAUUAAACGGUUUCUGGAUGGUAACUCAAGAGCACUUUGGCCUAGGAUUUUAAAUGUAGAUAUGAAGGUUGGUCAUGACCAGCAGAUGACCCCUAUUGAUUUUGAGGUCAGUUGGUCAAUGAUCAUGAUCAGAACAGUUGAACUUUUUUGGCCAAAUAACUGGAAAAUACUUUGGUCUAAGAUCACAUUUGAUACAGAGUUUACCUGUGAUCGGUAAAUGACCCAUAAUUAUUGAUUUGAGGUCAAUACGUCAAACAUCCAGUGCACUGUGACCAAAUAAUUCUGUUUCUUGUGCAAUUACUGAUUGCAUCAAGGGGGCAUUUCGUGUUCUACGAGCUCUUGUUUUACAUAAUAUUUGUUUGUAAAUGAUUUUUUAAGCUCAAACAAGGAAUAUAUACUAAUCUUUAGUUUUUUUGUAGAGUUUCUACUGUUUUUAACGGUCUAGUGUAAGUAGUAGAGGUACACAAGAUCUUAACAUGGAAUCUCCAUAAAUAAACUUACAUUCUUUGAAAUAAGUUAUUUUUAGCUGGACUAUACAAAGUAUGGAGAGCUUUCCUACUCGACUUGGCGUCUGCAUACUUCCCCAUCCGCACUUUGGUUAAAGUUUUUAUGCACUUUCUCUUUAUCUCUGUAAUUACUUGAUGGAUUUGUUUCAAACUGAAAGUAGUUGUUCCACAUCAUAUGACACAAGGUCAAUGACUUUGGUACCAAUGUUUAAAGGUGGUCAAUCACAUUUAAACAACAUUUAAUGACAUUUUUUACUUUUUGCAUAUUCUGGUAGAGAAUUAUUUAAGGAACAAAAAGAUCGAUUACAUAGAGUUAGAUUCCUAUUUGAAAUGUAUAUUUUAUUAUUUUUAUAAAAUUUUGUAAUUACUCCCCUUUAAUAUGAAAGUAUAUAAAAAGCUGGGUAUUUCUUUUUAUUUCGAUACAAUGUCUAGUUUUACAUUUGAAUUUGAUAGACAUAUCAACUAUUGAACAAUCUGAACCAAAAUGCAAGUUUAAAAGCUGUGUGUAGCUUCUGAAUUCAUUUAUUUCCAAUCUAUCUUGGUUGCGCAACCAAGAUAGGCAAAGGGAGGUAAUAAUAAUUUUUCAAACUUGCGUUUCUAAUGAAUUCCAUCUAAAUACAUCAUUUUUAAUGCAAAUAUUUUACAAAUAUAUUACAAUAUGUCUAAUAUACUUAUACAUUUCCUUAGGCAAAGUAUGUUUAUCAAAUUUAUACUUAUGAUAAAAUAACUCUAUCUUGGUUGGGCAACCAGGAUAGGAAAAUGAAAUUUUAAAAAUACCUCCAGUGAAAAUCUAAUUUGUAUUAAGUGUUAAGUGAACAUAAAUGAGUGUAAAUGAUCAGAUGCUAAAGUUUCGAACAAAUCCGUUACAUGGCCAAAAUCUGAUUAUCCACCUUUAAUGAAUUAUCCCCCUUUUUACUUAGAAUUUCAGGUUAAAGUUUUGUUACACUUUCACUCUAUCUCCGUUAUUACUAAAUGGAUUUGAUUCAAACUUAAAAUUGUUGUUCAACAUCAUCACUCACAUCAUAUGACACUAGGGCCAUAACUCUUGCACCGAUAUUUCAUGAAUUAUUCCCCAUUUUACUUAGAAUUUCUUGUUAAAGGCACUGACCUCCAUAUUUGGCUAAAAAUAAUCUUUCUUUCAAAUUGAAGUUUGGUCAUAUUAUGAACAUUAGAAAAUGAAUUUUUGUUUCUAAAAUAUUCUAAGAAUUCCAAAUCAAGAAAGAAAGAUGACUGUGUGGGGAAUCAAACCCCAGACCACCGCAGAUAUAAAGACAUUUUCCCAUCGUUGUAACCAAUAUAGCUGAGGAGGUGAAUAAUGACUUAAAAAUAUAGAUAUUUAUAAUUGAGACAGUUUACCUGGAGUAAAAGCGUGACAAAUGCUUUUCGAUUUUCAUCGUAAAAACAGCAAAUUCUCAUGUGUUUCCGUAACAUAAAGUUUGUCAGUAAUUAAGUUUUAAAGCCUUCUUAAGAAAUAUAGCAUUUAUUUCAAGCUACCUAAAAGAAAUUAAAUUUUUUUUUGUUGUCGAACGAUCUGGAGGCCAGUCGCUAUAAAGUUUUGAUGCACUUUCACUUUAUCUCAGUUAUUACGAAAUGGAUUUGAUUCAGACUUAAAAUAGUUGUUCCACCUAUCACACACAUCAUAUGACACAAGGUGCAUAACUCUUGCACCAAUUUUUCAUGAAUUAUACCCCCUUUUACUUAGAAUUUAAGGUUAAUUUGGAUACAUUUUCACUGUAUCUCAGUUAUUACUAAAUGGAUUUAAUUCGAACUUGAAGUAGUUGUUCCACAUUAUCACCCGAAUCAUAUUACACAAGGUGCAGAACUCUUGCACCAUUAUUUUAUGAAUUAUGCCCCCUUUUUGUUUAGAAUUAUAUUUAUUUAGUGUCUGGAUACACUAUCUCUCUUAUUACUUAAUAUUUUUGACACAGACUGGAGUUACUAUCCAAUAUCUUCAUCCACAUUGGAGUCAUUAAACACUCCAGUGACAGCUCCAGCUUCCUCACACUAUCUAGCAUCGAAAUAGUUGAGCGCGCUGUCUCCUGUGACAGCUCUUGUUUCUCUGCUAACAGUGGAUUUAGCCUUAGCUGAUGUUUUGAAAGCCCUUUUAUAUGAAAUUAAAAGAAUAAAUUAUUCUUGAAUCUUUGUUAGACAUGAAUUGUAUUAAAAAGGCUACAUUGUGUGAAUUUAUCUCAUUCUGAUCAGUUCAGUUUUCACAUGUUAAAAGUUGUAACAUUAUACUAUCUUUACUAAAACUUGUAACUAACAGUCUAUGCAAGUACUAGUAUGUUUUUACCUCACUUGCGUAGUUUUUGUUGUAAAAAAAUCCAACUUCUUCAAUUUUAAUUUCAAAGCAGCUGGCCUUUAAUUAAAGAUACAUCUGUUGGUAUAAUUAAUGAAAACAAAAACUUAUAUUUCUUCUUGGCAUUAGGGAUUUCUGAAAUCUAUUGUUUUUUGCCAUUUAAAUUAUAAAAACCAUGGCGAAUAAAAUUUUUGUGUGAACUUUUACAUGAAUAAGUAUACAAAAGCAGUUUAUGCAAAAGAUAGAAUUUUUCACACCCGUUUACUUAUACUAUAGAAUGUUGACAACCAGUGGCUUUAGAAUUUUUCAUGGCCAUUGCCUCAAUUGAUUUUAUAUUGUUGUUUUUGUCUGAAUGAUAUAUACUGUUUGUAGACAUAAUAUGCAAAUAUUGUGCAAAAAUAAAUAACUGAUGAUUUAUAA